CUGGGGGGAAAGCGGAGAGGAUCUGGUAAAGGGAUUAGAUUUCGCUUCUCUCUCAUCAAUUUUAUGGUUAAUGUCAAGCGGCUCCAUUGUGGGAGAAGAGGCACGUCAGCCAGCCAUAAAUUUGUGUGCGGAGUGGCAGCGCAGAGCGCAUCUGUUUGACCGAGUUCAUUCCCUCUGAUACUGCAUGGAGACAGGUAGAAUCCUGUUUGCACACCAUCCAUCCAUCCAUCAGCGAAACAGAGUCAACCCGGGACAAAAUACAAAGCGACCAGCUAUUUACAACGGAAACGUUUUCCAUCUGCCGCCUGCGUCCUGUCGAGCAAAGCAGACUCGGCUAGCUGAACAGCCCAACACUCAGAUGAGCUCGGAUCCGCCUGAUUCCCUCCCGGAGACCUGCCUGGCUUUGUGGAUCUGUACAUUGGGGUGAUCUCGGGGUCCGUUAUGGACGGCAGGGAAUUCGCUGCACCUCCCCACCUCCUCUCUCAUGCGCUCGGCGUGGAGGCGGCCAGGGAGCGAGACGCCCUGUCGCACCGAGCCGUCGGACGGAUCGCCUCGAGCGGCCACAGCACCGCACCGCAUCCGGCCCAAUUCCAGCCUGCAAAAUACUUUCCCUCUCCCCUCCCCAUGGCUACACAUUCAGGCAACUCACUGAUGGGGAACUCAUCAGCCACAUUCAUGGGAAGUUUCCUAGCCAGCAGUUUGGGAUCAGCACCUGCUCAUCCUGCGGGACCUACAUCUUCCCCCUCGGAGCCUGCCUUCCGAAGUCCGCACUCCGCAACAUCGCAGAUCUGGUUUUCCCACUCCCACGAAGUCCCAGGAUAUUCCAGGUUUUCAAGCAGUUUGGCCUCCACUUUCCUUCCCAUGAGCCACCUGGAUCAUCACAGUAACAGCAACAGCGUACUUUAUGGUCAGCACAGGUUCUACGAUACACAAAAAGAUGGUUUCUAUCUGAGGAAUUUACCCGGGCAGCCAACCUUGCUCUCAACCAAUCACAGUUUUCCUUCCAUUUCCCGAGCGGCACCCAGCCAUCCCAUUGGUUCCUGCAGCCGAGACAGAGAGAUGAGCCAUUCCCACAAAACGAUCAAGGAAACUGACAGACUCCUAACUGCGAAGGAACCUAAUAAGGAAAGAAUGAGUAAGAGUGAAGCCAAUUCAAUGAACAGUCAAAGGACACACAAGGAGAGACAUUCAGAAGAAGAUGGAAAAGACAGGCAUAAAAUCGUGCUGCCCCUGAUGCCAGACGUUAGAUGCAAAGACGACAUAACAAAUAUGCAUAAUAGCAUGUGUGAAAACAGAAAUAAACACUUAAAUAGCUGUUUAACAAACUCCAAAGUUAUGAAUGGAGAUUCCAAUAAGACUUUAUUAGCAAGCUGCACUAAUAUUGGUGGGAUUUUACCGAGGCAAAUGGACAUUCAUACCCCAGGCAGGUGUACCAAAGAGAGCUUAAGGUUUGAAAGGGAUUUCCGAGAAAAUGGUCCCUCUGGUCCAAUGCAUGUUGAGUGCUCGGACAGUUGGCAAACUCCACACCAUUCUGUUGCGUACUCUGUUCCUUCUUCUCUGUCCAACAUUCCUUCAUCAUCUAGCACAGCCUCUGGAACAUUCCCCUGUUUGCAGGUUCAUUCCAACUUAGACCUUUUUUACCCUCCUCAAGAUAAGGCCGGCAGGGAGCUCAAGGUCACUGGGCCUACGUACGUGCCUUCAGUGGGACACUUCAGUGACAAAAGUCGACUGUUUCAAGUCACUGCAGAAAACUGCAAGGUCAACAGGAACAUAGGGAAGGAGAAGACACACGACAAAAGCACAGAGAGGUCUGAUAUUGGGACAGUUCCUAACUCGCACACAUCUCUGAAGCUAGAUGGGAAAGGAAUGGAUUGGCCCCACAAUUCAGCCAUAAAAUCCAAACAACAGUGUGGUAGCAGCACUGGUGCACAGAUGGUGAUGCCCUUCACACCUCAGGCAGCCAAGGGCCCCUCAGGGAAAGGUAGCACUUAUGUUAUGCCACAGUCUCAGGAUUGUUUCUGUUCGAAGGAGCUGGAGACAUGCUGUGCCAAACUCACCCAUUCCAGUUACAUGCUGGAUCGGGAACAUGGCAGUGAUGCACAUGAGAAAGCUUCUAAAGACUCACAGGGGCAAAAAGUGGCCAGGAUACGGCACCAGCACCAUAAGCUUCCUGAGGUGGAGCACAUAGGAAGUAGUUCAGAGAUGAAGAGAAGGCCACCGGAGCUCAGUUGUAUGAGCUACAAUGGAUCUCACAUACCGUCAUGGCAGAGCCCUCAGAUUCCAUUGGGUGAAGAAAGGAAAAACUCCUAUCUUGACCCCUUUAGUUCAAGUUUACAGCAGGCGGCAAUGUUGUCACAAGGGUCUGUGCUAAACCAAGACAUGUUAGGUCAAACCGACGAAGUCUCGGCCAUGAAGAGUUUACUAAAAUACAGCAGCUCUUUUCCCCCCGGCACGCAGGCUUUGAUUGUUGGGCAGAAGACCCCUUUCGGAGGUCUGGGAAACAUUCGGGCCAGCUGUGUCCAUCAGGAGAUUAAAUUCCAAAGUGGGAAAUCAAACCUAGAUUUGGAGCGUCCAGACUGUGCCAAAGGAAGGGAAAGUGAGUCAUCUCAGGGCGAUGGAGAGGUACGGCAGCCGCCAGUUGGGAUCGCAGUAGCAGUUGCAAGACAAAAAGACAACCAGAACAAGCAUGAACUGCCUUGUAGUGCUGAGUCCAGCAGACAACACAGGCAUAUUCCCGGUUUAAAAGGAUCAUCGCGCUCCGCCUACGUCAUAGACCUGGAAGCAGAGGAAGAAAACAAUCAUUUCCGUGAGGAAAGAAUGGGGCUGUCACGUUUGGACAGGGAAAGGGACCACUUACUUCGAGAAAACAAGGAACUUGUGGAGUUUGCACGAAUCCGUCCAUCUAGUGGUUGUCCUGGAGAUCUAAAUCCAAACCUGAUGGUCACUGGAGGGUCAUCUUUACAAGCCAACCAACUAGGAACUGAUCCCAAUGCACAUCCUCACCUUACGCCUCCACAUUGGCUUCCAAGGACAGGCAGCCCCUCCGUGUGGAUGGGUGGGCAUUCAUACGGAAUCGGUCACCCAGCUCUGCAUUCAAAUCUACCACCUGGAUUCCCAGCAUCGAUGCCAAGUGCCAUGCAGACAGUAUUCCCACUUUCCCAAGAUCCCUCAGCCCAGCUUGUUAUCCUUCCCACCGAGCCACCAGCACCACACCCAACUCCUCAUCAUCUCGCUGAAGUGAUGGAUCCUGCGCAUUCUCUUUGGCCACCUAUUUAUCCAGCGCGAGCGCCCACUUCACAUAUGCAGCAUCCAGGACAGCUUUCAGUAUACCCUCGCUCCCAGCUUCUGCGGCAGCAGGAACUCUACAUGUUGCAGCAACAGCAUCAGCAGCAUCAGCAGCAUCAGCAUCAGCAGCAGCAACAGCAACGGGCACAAGCACUUGAACUCCAACGGCACUCACAACUAGUGGAUCAUCGGAAAGCAGAGGAACGCCGGAUAGAAGCAGAAGAACAUACUCUAGAGAGGAAUAGGAGAUCAAAUAAAACAGUUGCCUUAAACUCUCCCAAGAGUCUUUCUUCACCUGUCAUACUGCCAUCUGGCAUGUGUUCUGCCAAACUUUCACCUUGCAACCAUUCUCCUUCUCUUGGACCCAAAUCAGGCUGUCCCACCCCCCAGCCCACUGCUGUAUGUCCUUUACCUUCUUGCCCUUCUUCGGAUCCUGCCAUUGCCCCACAAUCCUCAGCAGUCAGCCCUCCUCCUUCCCAGAAUUCCACAGAAAAUCAAGCAGCUGAAAAGAGAGUGGAAAGACAGCCACCUCAACAUUAUCCAGAAAACUUUGAGCCAGAUUUCCCGCCUGGUUAUACAUACACAGCCGUCGCCAUGGGCUACAGCUCCCCUACUCCACUUGUGCACUCUGCUGAUCCUGCGGACCCCGAAACUAUGCAACCCGUCACCACGGCGGCUGAACCAGAGCAGUCCAGAACCUUUACGCCUGGUGCGAAAAUUCACUGUGAUACUCAGUCCAACAUGGUGGAGGAGGCAAACCUCACUGACAAACGGAUCGCAACCAACGACCUGGAUGUUGUAGAGCAAAACACACACAAGGUUCUCUGCACCUCAGAAGGAAAGGAGACAGUAAAUGCAAUGCUAGCAGAGAAUUCAACUGUGGAGCAACUUGAGUCAUCUAUGAAAGAAAACAUGGAAUGCUCAAGGCAUUUGAUUGCUUCUCAGGGAAUUGUCACUGAUGGAGGACUUGCAGGAGAAGAGGGAGGACAAGAGAUUUCAGUGACUAAGUCACCUCGCACAACCAGUGAAUCCACAACUUUAACCAAUGAAACAUUGGAUGUAAGGAACUCUGAUCACUUGGGUUCAGUAGCUGAAACUGACUUAAACCAGGAAUGCAAAAUUGUUGAAGAAGCCAAACAGUUGAAUCGAGAUGAGGAUUCAGAAAUUCGCCAUGAUGCCUCAGAGAGGGAUGAAGUGUUCAAGUGGCGGUUGGACUGCAUAGCAGGGAUGAAUGCCCUGGUGGCAGCUGGCCUCAGCAUGGGAGAGCUCUUUGUUUUAGAGCCUGAGGUUCCCAGUGCCCCCAUAGCACCUUCACACCCUACAACCUCAACCUAUUACCCCUGCUCAGGGAUGCAUGGAAUCGCUCUGCUGAGUGAACUGGCUGAACUCGAACAGCAGCAACAAAACUGUGAUGGCACCAGUCAAGGGGAGGACGAGGCUAUGCUUACUCACGAUCUCCAAAGCCUUGCGACUAUUGCUGCUGCCCGCUCAUUGGUGGAAGCAGUGCCCCUCGAAGUGGGUGACCCCCAUAUUGACACAGGGUCAAGCAGAUCCUACAUAGUGCGAAUCCCACGGGUGCUGAAUUUACGGAGGAAGUACUCAUGGAGUCCAAAGGCAGAGACGGUUUGUCCUCUAAAGGCUGCAAUUGAUGGAAUGGACACACAGGAGCUGGAGAUGAGAAUGAGGCUUGCUGAACUACAGCGUCGCUACAAGGAAAAGCAAAGAGAACUGGCCAAACUUCAAAGGAGACAUGAUCACGAGAGAGAUGAAAACUCAAGAAGCCCAGCAAGGCGAGGACCUGGGCGACCAAGGAAACGCAAACAUCUUUCCACUGUCCUGUCAUCGCUCGGACAGCUUAGUGAACUGGAAAAAUGUGACAGCAAGAAAGCAAAAUCCAUCAGGACAGGCCUGAGCCUCCUCUGUGAGGAACUGAGGAACGAAGGGGAGCCCAAGAAGAAGAAGUGCAAACUUCCUGGGAGGGAGAGCAAGGAACAGGAAUAUGGCGGCAAUAAGACUGGGUCAGAGAUUAAACCAAGGGCCAAAAAGGACACCCCUCAAGCCAGCCUCACGUCUAAAUUGGGAAAGUACAGCUCAAGGCCAAAGCAAAAAGUACUGGGCAAAGCUGCAAGUAAAUCACACACGACGGCCAUCCUGAAAUCAGCCAACACCAGUCCUUUUAGGGGGAAAACAUCAGCCCUGCCUGGCAAGAUUCAGAAGCGACUGGGAAAAGCAAAGACUGCCUCAAUACCACACAGCCAGGAUAGAGCAAAACAUAUUGCAGCAACUUCUGAAAAGGCCUUGAAAAUGGAAUCGGGAGAAGAAGAUGGUUUAUCGAGUAGUAAAGCUACUUUUUCAAAAAACAAAGCGGCUCAGAAGGCUAACUCUGUCAUUAAAAAGAAACCCGGUAUUCAACAAAAAAGGAGGGCUGUUGGAGUCAAAGUACAGAAAGCCAGCAAUAAGAAACAGAAGCAGGAAGCUCAGCCAACGGUGAAUGAAAAGGAAUGGAUGUCCACAGAGAGUGAUGGUUUCUCUUCAGAUGCUGAUAUGAGUGAGCAUGACAACAACUAUAAUAGUGCUGAUGGCAGUGAUGUCAUCACUGAACUGCCAAUCAAAGACUCCAACCUGGGGUUGCGCACAGAAUACUCGACAACACUCGCUGCAACCGACAUUGGCCCAUCACCUUCCUCUGUCGUGAAGCUGGAAGCCAACCAGAAAGCAAAGAAGAAAAAGGAAAGGCAAGGCCUUCUGGGAACUCUCGGAUUUUCCAGUGCAGAUGGAGAUGUGAAGAUUAAAAAGCGCCCUGUCAAGCAUGGCCUGGAAUCUAGCAAUGCAGUGAAAAAGACUGAGAAGCUGCCGGCCAUUAAGAAAAAAGCGCUGAGGGCAGGAGAAAAGAAUAAAAAGCUGAAGAACGCUAAGGGGGGAACAGAGGUGACAAUUUGGCACCGUUUUGAAUCUGACCUACGGCCCCUGCUGCACAAUGAGAGAUUAAUUCCCAGUGAUCCUUCCGUACCCACAAAACUGGCAUCCAGAAGGCAGGCCAAGAAAGGCUCUGCCAACAGGUGUAAAAACAUCACCAGAAAAAGCAAAGUACUGCAAGCAACUUUCAAGAAAUCAAGUGGACUGUGCCUUUUACAAAAAGGAGCCAAUCCAACUGACUAUAAUCGGAAUAGGCUGAACAAACUAAAGAGCAAACUGCCAGUGAAAGAGUCAAAGGGACGAGCUGUCAGUAAACUAUUGGAAAGCUUUGCUGCCGAGGAUGAUUUUGCAUUUGAUGAAGACAGCAGCUUUUCUGAGGAAGACGAGAAUGCCAGUGUGAGCUGCUCAGCGGAAUUGUGCGUCCCUCAAUCCUGUGCCAUCAGUAAGGAAGAUCUCAAAGAAGGACUUCACAUUCUUAUACCAAAGGAAGACAAACUACUGUACGCAGGAUGUGUCAAAAUUCUACAGUCACCUGAUAUCUACAGUGUUGUGAUUGAAGGGGAAAGAGGAAACCGACAGAGAAUCUACUCCCUGGAGCAACUGCUCCAGGAAGCGGUACUUGAUGUCAGACCACCGUCAACACAGUUCCUGCCACCAGCUACCAGAGUGUGUGCUUAUUGGAGUCAGAAAUCACGCUGCCUGUACCCAGGAACCAUCAUCCAAACAGGCAGUACCAGUGAGGAGGAAGAAGAGAAGAAUGGAGAUGAUUGUGUCACAGUGGAGUUUGACGAUGGUGACGUGGGACGAAUUUCUCUGUCAAAUAUCCGUCUCCUCCCUCCGGAUUAUAAAAUCCAGUGUACAGAACCUUCCCCUGCAUUGCUGGUAUCCAAUGGGAGACUUCGAGUUAGGAGAUUGCCCAGUGAAAAGCGAGAAGGUGCAGAAAGCAGCCAGAACCAUACACUGGAUGGAAAAAAUUCGUCAGAAUUGAGCAAAAACUCUGGCAAAAAGGCUUCAGUAAAAGGGAAAGCUGGAAAAGGAGUUUUAAACUCUGAGGUAUCAACGCUGUUGAAAGCAGGACAUAUGCUCAGUAAGAAGACCGAUGCACUGAUAAAUUGGCCAGGAAUCGUCCAGACAAAGAAAAGGAACUCCAAUAAGAGCACCGCUGCUUUAGGAAACCUAUUUCAGUUAAACGGAAGUGCAAAGAGGAUAAAGGGUAAAGAGCGGUUCCUUCCAGUUCAAGGCCUUCCACCCCCAGUAUUCAGUGGUGGUUUCGAAGUCGACUCCUUCAGCAGCAUCGCCAACACCUUUGCAGCCUUUGGAAGCAGCUCAAGUCUCGCACCAAACUCUAAGGCCCUAAAGUACAGAAGGGUGGAAAAAAUGGACAUAUCAGUUCCAAAAAGUGGGAAGAGAAAAGCAGGGACGGAAUACCUCGUGAAAUUAGAUCAUGAAGGUGUGACAUCUCCGAAAACAAAAAACGGAAAAGCCUUGCUGAUGGGCGAGAAGGAAUUUGGAGGGAAAGUUGCUGCUGGCUACUCCCAGCUAAGCAAAGAGCGAAAUGGAAGGAUAGAACUUCUAAAAGGAAAGCACGCUCAACUUCAAAACCUUCCUAUGAGCUUAGCAAUGAAUGAGUACACUGGUCAAUCAGAGUUUGGCAUGGAUUGUGACAGUGACAGCCAUAGUUCGUACUCUGAUGACGAGGAUGAAAAUAGAAACUUGCAACAGAGUGUCACUUCGAGAUUUAUGUCUAGGCUGUCUGUCUCUUCUUCAUCUUCUGCAUCUUCAUCAUCUUCAACAUCUGGUUCUACCUCCACUUCCAGUUUGUGUUCAUCAGACAAUGAUGACUCAUCAUACAGCUCUGAUGAUGACUCAGCGGUCUUGCUUCAAACUUGUAUGACGCACCCUGUGCCUGCAAUGCUGACCCCCUCAGAUCCACGACAGACAGAGCCAAAAAUGUCAUCGCCCUCCUUUUCAGUCAAGUCAGUGAUGCCUGCUAAUAAGAUCAAAUUAAAGAGACAGGAAGAAUUCCGACUUCAAAAGGCCAAGGAGCUGUCAAAGAGACAGAGAUUACCAUCUGUAGAAAAUCGUCCCAAAAUCUCCUCCUUUCUUCCAGCACGACAGCUCUGGAAAUGGUCUGGGAAGCCAACUCAGAGACGAGGGAUGAAAGGAAAAGCAAAGAAACUUUACUACAAAGCCAUUGUGAGGGGGAAAGAGACAAUCUGCGUUGGCGAUUGUGCUGUGUUCCUCUCCGUUGGACGUCCAAAUCUUCCGUACAUUGGCCGGAUUGAAAGCAUGUGGGAAUCAUGGGGAAGCAACAUGGUGGUUAAAGUGAAAUGGUUUUAUCAUCCUGAGGAAACAAAAUUGGGCAAAAAAUGCAAUGAUGGCAAGAAAGCAUUGUACCAGUCUUGUCAUGAAGAUGAAAACGAUGUACAGACUAUCUCCCAUAAGUGUCAGGUGGUCAGUCUGGAGCAGUAUGAACAAAUGAUAAAAACCAAGAAGUACCAUGACAGUCAGGACCUGUACUACCUGGCAGGAACCUACGACCCUACAAUAGGCAGAAUCCUCAACGCAGAUGGAGUGCCCAGUCUCUGUUAAAAACUAAUUGUAUGAAUUAAUAUAUAGCCCUGGAUUUGCACCACACUAACAGAGAUUGAGAAACCAUUCUGUUAAAAAAAAACUAACUAACCUAAUGAACUUUUCAAAUGAUGCAAGAUGGACUGGAUCUGGAAAUUUGUUAUCAAUACCUUGAGGCUCAUACCUGGUCCUGGAAUCAUUCGCAGUGAUCCCUUAACUGAUCAGCAAAAUGGUUUUUGGAUACUCAGUAAUUAAACAGCACGGUUUGUGGAGGCGUAAGAACUAAGUCUUCUGAGGAUCAGUAAUACUGGAUUAACCAAAGUGGAGCCCUUAGGGCAUCAAGUGGGCUGGAAUUUCAACGCAUGACUUCUAGGCAGCAGUGGGUCGACCAGGCUGAAUUUGCACACGAGAGAACUAGGCCGCAAAACAAUGGAGGUUUAGAGGUGAGCGCUGGGCCUCAAAGAAUCAAGGAAGCUAGAAUGGACACAUGGGAACUAGACCUUGAUGAGAGCAGGUUUCAACCGUGGGUCAAACGGCAUGGAAUUUAUUUCAGAGUGUGUGUGUGUGUGUGUGUGCGUGCGUGCGUGCGUGUGUGCGUGUGUGCAUGUAUGUGUGCGUGCAUAGAUUGGAGAAAGAAGAAAAAUGAGCAUCAUACAAGCCAUACACUCCCAGUACCUCUGUCUGCUUUCAACUUUGCAAAGCAGAAUCAGGUCUAACAUUUUGUUGUUACUUUGUCUCCUGGAGAGUUUUGUAAAAACCCGGGAUUUUUUUUUAAUGCAGUGCAUUACUCAGCUCAGCUGAGACUGCUUGUUAGCUGGAACUUCUGAAGAAGAAAAAAGAAAGGGAAAAAAAGACUUGACUUUGAAGAAGAUUGUUUUCUUAUACUAGACAGUUUGUGGCAUCAUUCUGUCAGACUAAUUCUAACCUCCUAAAUGAACCGUUGUUGAGUGAUUCACUCUGUGGAUUAAAUGUUCCCUUUUUUUAAAAAAGUGAUUGGUGAAGAGAAUUAUAAUCCCUAUUGCUGAAAAUUGUAUAGAAUUCUGCACACAUUUAGGGAAUGGUCAGCCAUGUUUGUUCCCUCUCUGUUGCACAAACGUUAAAGAGACAGUCUCCCUUUUAGUGGCUUAUGCGGGCUGUGUAUAAGAGCUUCUAAUCGAUACAAAGAGCAAUCCCACAUGAAAUAAUGUGGCUCAACACUUUGAAGAAAAUCCCCUUAUGACAUACCUGUUACCUUCUCUCUCCUGUAAACAAUGGAAAUCUGCUUACUUCAGGAAGUGGAAGAAAAUCAUGCUGAUUGGUUUACUAAAAAUAUACCAGUGAAUUGACAACAAAAUCCAUGAAGGCUGCAUCUGUUCUGCUGUACUGAUCUCAUAAAGUGUUACUGUUUUCAGGAAACAACCCUUUAAUUGAUCCAGUUUUUAAAGAUUUUUUUUAGCCCUACCUGAUAGGAAGUUCCACUAUGAGUCAUUGAAAAGAUAAACUAUUGAAAAUAAACCACAUGAAACAUAAAUGCCAGUACCAAACAAGUCUUUGGCUCCUUUAGUUCCACAUUUAAGCAAUCAUUGUGGAAGGAAGGCAAAGAGAGACAAUACGCCUUUAAAACCCAGGUGUUGUGUAAUGCAUCACCUGUUGAGUUCCAAUCUGUAAUUGUUUCAGGGGUAGCUUCUCUUUAUGUUCCCUUUUACCUCAAAGGUUUGGAAACUACAAACAGACUCCGUUACGCAUGGUGGAGAUCAUGUUUUUCUAAUUCAACUUUUGAAGGUAAUUAGAUAUGAAAAACCCAUCUGAACCUGCCAUAAACUCUUAUAUUUGAGGCAUAUAUAGACUAACUGUUGUGGAAGAGGGCUUUGCCCAAUGCAAUAGAUAGACAUAGACAAAUGCUAAUCAAACAACAGCAUUGUUAAGUUUCCUAUUAAUACGUUUAUGGCCUAAUGUAAUAACUAAGAGGGAAAAAGUAUAGCUGAACAAUGGGUAACCUAGACUUUUAUCAGGCUAAAUGUUUAUUACUUUUAAUUGCAGCUUUAUUCCAUAAUUGCAUGUUCACUGGUGCCAAAGACAGUGGUUGGGCUGUGUGUGCUCCUGUGCCUGUUUUUCUGUCUAUUCGCUUUAAUGGACAGACAAUCAUGUAUCGGGGAACAUGGAAACAGAAGACACUGACCUGGAAAUCUGUGCCAUAGACCAGCAGAAAACUGAAACCGAAACAGAUAGGGAUACAAAUAUACAGCAGGCUAAUCAGAACCUGAAAGAGAACAAAAAGCAAAUAUUUUGUGGGAAGACAGCAUAUUCGAUCAUUAGGAUCUGAUGAAGUCCCCACCUCUCCACACAUUAACCUAACUUUAUCUUUCAGGUUCUGGCUAACUUGGAGCAUUUUCUGUCUUUCAGUCUGUUCCAGACCCACUUUUAUUGGGUCUUUUUUAGGUAGUGAUUUUUGACUCUAUAGAAUGAUAGCUUCAAAAUAUUUCAACGUUUUCAGGAAAAAAUACAAACACUCAACACUAAGUAUUUAAGACGACUGUGAUUUGUGGUUUCUUCUGAUCGUUGUGAAGUAAUUGGCAAUUCUUGUAUUCGGCAUGAAAAUGGUGCUGACUGGAAAACUGCUCUCAAAAGGAAAUUGUCAAUUAUAAGUUAUUAAUUAAGUAAAUAAGCAGUGAUCCAAGAAUCCUCACAAAUCCUCAUGAUAUUAUCACUUAGAUCAGGAAAAAACUCUUGAAAAUCUGAAGCUUAUUCAUUGACUAGUGUGAGUAUUAUUCUCACUGCUUCUGUGGUUGAUUAUUUACUCUGGUGAAUUAUUAUGUAAUGGGUGCCAGCUGCAGCUACCAUUCCAGAAUUAAUUCAAUCAUCACCUCAAUCCAAUAAACAGAGCUCCUAAUGUAAGCAGAUCCUUUUCAACAGUGAAGAUGAGUUCAAGACGAGGGUCUUUGUAACUCACUUGCUCCCGUGGUGCUCGAAACAUUAAGGGUUUUCACAAGUUAUUAACACUCAAUAAAAAUGGGAUAUGCUGUACAUCCACAAGCUCAUGAUAACACUAUCUUCUCCUGCCUCCAUAGUUUUCUGUCUCCAACUGAAUUCUUCUUAAAACAUCUACUGAGCGAGGCAUGUGAGUGAUGUCGAUUGACUCACCCCCAAAUGGAGAAGCAUGAACUUUCUGGCUCCAGGACAAAUGCCUCACUUCCCCUCAGCACUUCCCCUGAUGGGAUUGGAACUCAUCAGAUGAGGAAGGACAGAGAAUUUGUGCGCGACUGCUCCCUAGACCAGCAGGUCAGAACGCACAUGCACUAGAUCACAAGGCUGCCUAUCAGCAGUAUUGUGGAUUAGUUUGAUAUUAUAUACUGUCCAUUCAUCUUUAAUACAGCCUCAGGUGCAGAACUGAAAGAACUUUGGUAGAUAUAUAAAAUAUUUGAUUUAUAAUGUCUGGUUUGAGGCAGUGACGGUCUUACACACAGUGCCUCCACUGGCAUUGAUCUAUUAUUUACCCUAUAUGUUGCUGUGGUUAACGUCGCCUCGUGACUGGUUUCAAUCAAAUCCUCAUAGGCAUUAUACUUAGAAUAAAAACUGAAGUGCACCAAAGUGGACAGUGGGUACUUUUGGGCUGAAGUAAAGCAAAGGGAUCCAAAAAGAUAUUUCACUGCUUUUAAAACCAAAGCACUUCAUGGCUGGUAUUUAGCACCAUAGAGACAAACCUAUCACCAGCAUAGUCAGAGCAGAAUGAUGAUAUGUUUGUCUUUAAAAAUUAAAACAAAGUGAAAAUUAGCACUUCAGCAUUAUGAUCAAUCAUGGAAGAAAUAGAUCCUAAAUAAAGGACAAUCAGUGCAAGGAAAUGGGUUCCCUUUAAAGCCCUUUUACCUUAUAUAAUGUAUAUUUUAGUGUUAAAACUAUUUGUCGCGUUUAAUGUGAAUUAACUGUUGUACCACUUCUUGGAAACUGCAUUCAGGGAGUGGAAAGAAAAAUCAAAGCUGUUAAGAUGGCUGAAUGUUAGAAGGUGAAUUCAUUGGUAGGAGUUUGGAAGGUCUUGUUAAACCACGAGGGAGUGCUCAGAUUGAUCUUUAAUUUGCUGCAAGCAGGCAAAUCUAUGCCACCAUAAUAAGAUCAAGUAGGAAUGGACUACUAAUAAAACAAUUUUGAAACUGCACUGUCAGCAAAAUCUAUUGUAAAACUGGAAAUAAUAGUGUGAAAGUUAAACUGUAAAGAUCAGCACUGUAGUGGUAUCGCAUUCCUAAUAUGUGAUUGCUAUAAAUCCAGUACCUGUGCUGGCACAAUAUUGCCAGCCUAUCUCUAGGAACAUGAAACUUCCCCAUGAAGAUCUUUGUGUACAUUUUGCAAUAUACCAUGGUGGCUUUAAAUAGAGGUCAAAUAAAUAUUUGUUAAUAUUGAUUUAACUUUGGAAAGGUGCUAGCUGUAGCCUUUAUUUGAGCUGUUUAUGCCGACUGCAAAAAAUAAAAACAAAACUCACAGCAUUUUAAUAAAAGAGGCAAUGUCAUCCUGUUUUGGGGUGUAGAAGUGGAAUAGUUGGAAAUGCUUAGUUCGCAUUUACACUGUUUAAUAUUGUGAUGGUUCCUCCCCCUAUUAUUUUCCACACGUGGUUUCAUGGUGAUGCUAUGGCGUAAGAAUGUUUGAAGGGAAGAGUUUGACUUGACUCCUGUUGUAGACUGGCACUACAUACUAGCUUGUUGGUAACCCUGCAUAGUUAUCGUAAAAGGGACACUGUCUCCAUGAAAACAGAUCACAACCACAGUUUACAAAAGGUGUUUAAAAGUUUGAGUUCAUGUUGUUUGUUAUUGCUUGGCAUAGGUUAUCAAUGUAGUAUUUUGUUUUGUUGCUUUGAAACACUAAUAUGUUGUAAAAAGUUUUUUUUAUAUAUAUAUAUACAGCAUAUAUUACUGCUGCAUCUCAGUUCUUGGGGAUUUUUUUCUUAAUACUUUGUUGUAAGUGUCAUGCAGAGCCUUACAUAAGCCUCAUAGUCUCCAACAAUACCAUGCUACAGAAAAUCAACUUGGCUUAGGCAUGAUCUUCCUUUUGUUUUAUAUAACAUGGCUGCCCUCCAGAAGGAUUAUUUGAGUUUGCCUGUUUAUAUAUCAAAAAAUGUAUUUAAGAUGAAUUGCAGGAUGCUUUUUUUUUAUGAGACUAAUCUUUGGCAUUUGAACUUUCACUUAGUGACCUUUUUUUGCAUUGAGAAUGGUGCAGUGUGACAUCACAAUCACAUAUUCUGUAUUUUCAAUAGGUCAACCUCAUCAAUCAACUGGGUGGUUUAGUGAAACAUGGCGGUGCGGGGUUGGCGGGGGGG